AAACAUGCGUUCCAAUACAAUAGCAUGGAGCUUUCAGAUCGAUCGUCACGUAUCAAACUCAGAGUGAGGAGAGGGAGGAUGGGGGGCGGGGGCAGGGCAGGAUUUUCCAUGAAGCGUUUGGGCGGAGCUAAAUGUGCCUCGGCGCUCGGCGCAAUCGCGCAGAUCGAAUUUUCAAAGCUGUUUUUCCAGGUAUAUCUUUGCAAUAAUCCGUUACGUUAUGAUACCACCAAAAUUUCGCGCCGUCACCGCUCAGACCGCUGCAGCUGGCGCUGGGACGGCGCCGUAGUAAGAGAUGUAGGCUUCACGAGGGCAGCAACUGCUUAA